AUGUCACCGCUUGUGAUUGCAAGGAACCAGGCGAGCUGUCAGAACUUGGUCGAUUCGACUAAGAUUGAGAGAAUCAAAACUGAUUCAAAAUCGGCGCACCGGAAGGAGAAGAAGGAGGAGAGGAGAAAACAUAAGAAAGAAAAGCAUGAGAAGUCGAAAUCGAAAUCUCAUAAUCACUCGGUGUCGAAUGAGUCUGAGCUUGAGAAGAGUGGCUUGACAGAAGAGCUUCCUCAAAAUCUCCACGGUUAUGAUUCUGAUGGAAGCCAGAAUAGUAAGAAGAGGAAGAGAGACAACUCUCCUCCUGCUGUUGAAAGUCUCGUCAAAGCUGCUCCUGUAGCUGGUAAGCCUCUACGGAUUCGUUUGAUCUUCAAGAAACCAAAGGCUGAUGAUAGUCCUUCUCUGCCCCGGGAAGAUCCUCUUGCCUGCUCCACUCCAGUUGCAGAGUCUCUCAAGCACAGUGAGAAGAUCGGGCAAGAUGUCGUCACAAGCUCUGUCCCAUGCUCGAAAGUAUCUGUUCUUGAAGAGAACUCGGUCCCAUGCUCCAAAGUUUCUGAGCUUGAAGAGAAUCUGCCGUCGACAUCUGCGGCUGAAGCAAGAAAGAGAAAGAAGCACAGGCCAAGCAAAGAAGAACGAUACAAUGCAUUGUUUGAUGAUUGGACUCCAUCCAUUUGUUUUCCUGCCAUGGAGGUUGAUUCUUCUUCUAAGAACGAUGAAGAUGAUUGGCUCUUUGGGAAUAGAGCGCAAGAGAAGAGUAAUCCCAAAGUAGCAGCUAAGAUUGAUGAAGACAUGAGCUUGAGUUUGCAUAGCCGUGGAGAUUCCUCUUGGCCUAGAGUUCAGUUUUUGCCUGAAGUGGGCAUUUAUUCUUUACCUUACACAGUCCCUUUCUAA